CUCUUUCUUACCCAUAAUGCUUUGUGGGGACGUUGACAAGUGGAUCCAAGAUGGCGUAGAAAGUAAUGACAGGAAUUGGAUGAAGUAAUUGAUCACUAAAGAACUACAGUGCUGGUGAGAUGUAUUGAGGCAUAAAAUUGACAUUUUGCCCUUAAAAAAAAACCUGGGAAAGGAAGGUGGACAUAAACCAAGAUCCUUUUAAAUUAUAAAGAGCUCUGAUGGGCUAUUUGGGUGAUACCCAGUGCAGUGAACUGCAGGAUUUUUGUCCCUGAGUCAUGGAAGACAGAAGAGCUGAGAAGUCAUGUGAACAAGCAUGUGAAUCACUUAAGAGGCAGGACUAUGAAAUGGCCCUAAAGCACUGCACAGAGGCCCUCCUUUCUCUUGGCCAGUACUCCAUGGCCGACUUCACAGGGCCAUGUCCACUGGAGAUAGAAAGCAUCAAAAUUGAGAGUCUUCUUUAUAGAAUUGCCUCAUUUUUGCAACUGAAAAACUAUGGGCAAGCUGAUGAAGAUUGUAGGCAUGUGCUGGGAGAAGGACUGGCGAAGGGAGAUGGUGCCUUUCAGGCAGUGCUUUGCUGCAUGCAGCUGAAAGGAAAGCUCCAGACCGUAUCCAACAUUCUUGCCAAGUCACUGACAGGGGAGUCCCUGAAUGGGAUGGUAACAAAAGAUUUGACAAGACUCAAAACACUUCUCACAGAAACAGAGACAGCAACUAGUAAUGUCCUCUCUGGAUAUCAUGUGGAAGACUUAGAAGGGGGAUCUUGUAAUGGUUGGCAUUUCCGCCCACCACCUAGGGGAAUCACAAGCAGCGAGGAAUAUACUUUGUGUAAAAGAUUUUUAGAGCAAGGAAUCUGUAGGUAUGGUGCCCAGUGUACUUCAGCACAUUCCCAGGAAGAACUAGCAGAAUGGCAGAAAAGAUAUGCUUCACGGUUGAUAAAAUUGAAACAGCAAAAUGAGAAUAAACAGCUCUCAGGCAGUUACAUGGAAACCUUGAUAGAAAAGUGGAUGAAUUCAUUAUCUCCUGAGAAAGUGCUUAGUGAAUGUAUAGAAGGAAUUAAGGUAGAGCAUAAUCCUGAUCUGUCUGUUACUGUCAACACCAAAAAAUCUCACCAGACGUGGACUUUUGCUCUCACGUGUAAGCCUGCAAGAAUGCUGUAUCGUGUAGCAUUGCUUUAUGAUGCUCAUCGUCCUCAUUUUAGUAUCAUUGCCAUAUCUGCCGGAGAUAGUACUACCCAGGUAUCACAAGAAGUCCCAGAAAACUGUCAAGAAUGGAUAGGAGGAAAGAUGGCCCAAAAUGGAUUAGAUCAUUACGUGUAUAAAGUCGGGAUAGCAUUUAACACAGAAAUAUUUGGAACUUUUCGCCAAACCAUAGUUUUCGACUUUGGAUUGGAACCAGUACUCAUGCAGAGAGUAAUGAUUGAUGCAGCUUCUACAGAAGAUCUUGAAUACCUGAUGCACGCAAAACAACAGCUAGUAACCACAGCUAAGCGCUGGGAUGCUUCUUCUAAGACUAUUAUAGAUUUUGAACCUAAUGAAACUACUGAUUUGGAGAAGAGCCUUCUUAUCAGAUACCAAAUUCCUCUCUCUGCUGACCAGCUGUUUACUCAGUCCGUUUUAGACAAAUCAUUGACCAAGACCAACUAUCAGUCGCGGUUGCAUGACCUUCUUUAUAUUGAGGAGAUAGCCCAGUAUAAAGAAGUCAGCAAGUUCAACCUUAAAGUGCAAUUGCAGAUUCUAGCAAGCUUCAUGCUCACUGGAGUUUCUGGAGGUGCAAAGUAUGCUCAGAAUGGACAACUUUUUGGUCGCUUUAAGCUUACUAAAACACUUUCUGAAGAUACUUUGGCUGGACGGCUGGUGAUGACCAAAGUCAAUGCUGUUUAUUUAUUACCAGUCCCUAAAGAGAAGUUAGUACAGACCCAGGGAACCAAAGAGAAGGUUUAUGAAGCUACUAUUGAAGAAAAAACAAAAGAAUAUAUAUUUUUAAGGAUAUCCAGGGAAUGCUGUGAAGAACUUAAUCUUCGACCUGAUUAUGACACACAGGUUGAACUUCAGUUUCAGUUAAAUCGAUUACCCCUCUGUGAAAUGCAUUAUGCGCUAGACAGGAUCAAGGACAAUGGGGUUUUAUUUCCAGACAUCACUAUGACUCCAACUAUACCUUGGAGUCCCAAUAGACAGUGGGAUGAACAGUUGGAUCCUCGGCUAAAUGCAAAACAGAAAGAGGCUGUUCUGGCCAUUACAACGCCACUUUCAAUACAGCUGCCUCCUGUUCUCAUCAUCGGACCCUAUGGGACGGGCAAAACAUUCACUCUAGCUCAGGCUGUCAAGCACAUACUCCAGCAACAGGAGACCAGCAGGAUUCUCAUUUGCACCCAUUCUAAUAGUGCUGCUGAUCUCUACAUAAAGGAUUAUUUACAUCCAUAUGUAGAAGCAGGCAAUCCCCAGGCAAGACCUCUCAGGGUAUAUUUCAGAAAUCGCUGGGUAAAGACUGUCCACCCAGUUGUGCAUCAGUACUGUUUGAUCUCAAGCGCACAUUCCACCUUUCAGAUGCCACAGAAAGAAGAUAUUCUUAAACAUCGAGUGGUUGUUGUUACAUUGAAUACUUCCCAGUACCUCUGUCAGUUGGACCUUGAACCUGGGUUUUUUACACACAUUCUAUUGGAUGAAGCUGCCCAGGCCAUGGAGUGUGAAACCAUUAUGCCUCUAGCAUUAGCAACUAAAAGCACUCGGAUUGUCUUGGCUGGUGACCACAUGCAGCUCAGUCCUUUUGUUUACAGCGAGUUUGCCAGGGAGAGAAACCUUCACGUUUCAUUACUUGAUCGACUUUAUGAGCAUUACCCUGCCGAGUUUCCAUGUAGGAUCCUCCUCUGUGAGAACUACCGCUCCCAUGAAGCUAUCAUCAAUUACACCUCUGAGCUCUUCUAUGAGGGCAAACUGAUGGCCAGUGGAAAGCAACCAGCACACAAAGAUUUCUACCCAUUAACUUUCUUUACAGCACGAGGGGAAGAUGUACAAGAGAAAAAUAGCACAGCUUUUUAUAAUAAUGCAGAGGUAUUUGAAGUGGUAGAACGUGUGGAAGAGUUAAGAAGGAAGUGGCCAGUAGCGUGGGGGAAGUUAGAUGAUGGCAGUAUUGGUGUGGUGACUCCGUAUGCUGAUCAAGUGUUUAGGAUACGUGCUGAACUUCGAAAAAAGAGAUUAUCUGAUGUUAAUGUAGAAAGGGUGCUGAACGUUCAAGGAAAGCAAUUCAGAGUUUUGUUUCUUAGCACAGUACGUACAAGGCAUACUUGUAAACAUAAACAGACACCAAUUAAAAAGAAAGAGCAACUGCUGGAAGAUUCCACAGAGGACUUAGAUUAUGGUUUUUUAUCUAACUACAAACUUCUCAAUACUGCCAUCACAAGAGCACAAUCUCUGGUUGCUGUGGUGGGUGAUCCCAUUGCUCUGUGCUCUAUUGGAAGAUGCAGGAAAUUUUGGGAGCGAUUUAUUGCCCUGUGUCAUGAAAAUAAUAGCCUACAUGGAAUCACUUUUGAACAGAUCAAAGCUCAGCUAGAGGCUUUAGAACUAAAGAAGACAUAUGUAUUGAAUCCACUGGCACCUGAAUUUAUCCCCCGGGCUCUAAGACUGCAGCAUUCAGGAAAUACCAACAAGCUGCAGCAAUCACCCCCCAAGGGGAAAAACCUCCAUCAUACCCAGAAUGAUCAUUUCCAGAAUGAUGGAAUUGUUCAGCCCAAUCCUUCCGUACUUAUUGGCAAUCCUAUUAGAGCAUACACUCCUCCACCUCCUCUUGGACCUCACCCUAAUUUGGGGAAAUCUCCAAGCCCUGUUCAGAGAAUAGAUCCUCACACUGGGACGAGUAUUCUUUAUGUACCUGCUGUCUACGGAGGGAAUGUAGUUAUGUCGGUGCCUUUACCUGUACCAUGGACAGGAUACCAGGGUAGGUUUGCGGUUGAUCCUCGAAUCAUUACGCAUCAGGCAGCAAUGGCCUACAAUAUGAACCUCUUACAGACACAUGGACGGGGGUCUCCUAUACCUUAUGGCCUUGGGCAUCACCCACCUGUCAGCAUAGGGCAGCCACAAAACCAGCAUCAGGAGAAGGAUCAGCAUGAGCAAAGUCGAAAUGGUAAAGGUGAUACAAAUAAUCCUGGACCGGAAAUUAGUAAGAUUCGAACACCAGAGAAAAAGCCUACAGAAUCAAAACAGCUGGAAGGACUGAGUACCCACUGGAGAAGCUGCGGUGAAAUGAGGCAGCCCAAGGAACUUCUUGAUAGAAUUGAUUUGGAAUCGAAUCUACAGAACAGAAGUCCUGAAUCACGUCCUGGUGUUGUUUAUCCCAAUACCAAAUUUCAUCGCAAAGAUAAUCUCAACCCAAGACAUAUAAAUCUUCCUCUUCCUGCUCCCCAUGCACAGUAUGCAAUCCCUAGUCGUCAUUUUCAUCCCCUUCCCCAGCUACCAAGACCACCGUUUCCAAUUCCGCAGCAACACGCCUUGUUAAAUCAGCAGCAGAAUAAUUUGCCUGAACAUCCAAAUCAAAUGCCACCCCAACCAAAUCAGGUAGUCCAGCAGCAGAAUCCGUUGAAUCAGCUGACUCAGCAGCCACCUCCUCAACUUUCUCCUGCCUAUCAGGCAGGCCCCAACAGCGCUUUUUUCAAUAAUGCAGUUUCUCAUCGACCACAGUCCCCUCAUGCAGAGUCUGUGAUUCCUGAGCAGCAGCCUCCUCCCAUGCUGCAGGAAGGCCACAGUCCUCUACGAGCCAUUGCGCAGCCCGGCCCCAUUCUUCCUUCACAUCUGAAUAACUUCACUGAUGAGAAUCCCCCAGGACUGCCUAUAGGGGAGGCUUUAGAUCGUCUGCAUGGGAGUGUAGCUCUGGAAACAUUACGGCAGCAGCAAGUGCGGUUACAGCAGUGGAACGAGCAUCAUGCCUAUCUCAGUCAGGGCACUAUUCCCUACCCACACCAUCACCAUCCUCAUCCUCACCUCCAGCAUCUUCCUCAGCCGCCCAUUGGAUUACAUCAGCCACCAGUGAGGGCAGACUGGAAGCUCCCCAGCAGUGCUGAAGAUGAAGCAGAAACCACAGACUCAAGGUUUCAAGAUUUAAUCAGAGAACUGUCUAAUCGUGAUCAAAGUGAAACACGGGAACUAGCUGAAAUGCCACCACCUCAAUCAAGACUUUUGCAAUAUAGACAAAUUCAAACUAGGAGCCCACCAGCAGUCCCAUCUCCCCCAUCCAGUACAGACCACAGUAGCCACUUUUCUAACUUUAAUGACAACAGCAGAGACGUUGAAGUAGCCAACAACCCAGCAUUUCCUCAGCGCCUACCGCCCCAGAUGUUCAGCUCACCUUUCUCAUUGCCAUCUGAACACCUUGCCCCUCCUCCCUUGAAAUACCUGGCACCUGAUGGAGCAUGGACUUUUGCUAACUUACAACAGAAUCACCUAAUGGGGCCAGGUUUUCCCUACGGCCUACCUCCAUUGCCUCACAGGCCACCGCAAAGCCCUUUUGUACAAAUGCAGAAUCAUCAACAUGCUGUUGGUCAAGAGCCAUUUCACCCAUUGUCAUCUCGAACAGUAUCGUCUUCUUCGCUCCCUAGCUUAGAAGAGUAUGAACCCAGAGGACCUGGUCGGCCCUUGUACCAAAGAAGAAUCUCAUCUAGCUCAGUCCAGCCUUGUUCUGAAGAAGUAAGCACUCCUCAAGACAGUCUUGCUCAGUGUAAAGAGCUUCAGGACCAUAAUAACCAAUCUUCUUUCAACUUUUCAUCCCCGGAGUCCUGGGUCAACACCACCUCAUCUGCCCCCUAUCAGAACAUUCCGUGCAAUGGAUCCAGCAGGACAGCUCAGCCCAGAGAGUUGAUAGCUCCGCCGAAGACUGUCAAACCUCCUGAGGAUCAGCUGAAGUCCGAAAACCUCGAGGUGUCCAGUUCCUUCAACUACAGCGUGCUGCAGCAUCUUGGCCAGUUUCCCCCCCUCAUGCCCAACAAACAGAUCGCGGAGUCGGCCCACAGCAGCAGCCAGCAGAGCUCUGGGGGCAGCAAGCCCGCCAUGUCCUAUGCCAGCGCUCUGCGGGCCCCUCCCAAGCCCAGGCCCCCGCCUGAGCAGGCCAAGAAGAGUAGCGACCCUCUGUCUCUGUUCCAGGAACUCAGCCUGGGGAGCUCAUCGGGCAGCAAUGGCUUUUACUCCUAUUUUAAAUAAUCACUUUUUUCCCCUCAAGGGAGAAUGUUUUAAUUUCUGUUUGUAUCAAUAGAAUUAAGAUAGUUGGACUUCAUCUAUAGAUGCACAGUUCCCUUUGUUUUAAUAUUACAUAUGUUCUCACUUAAUUGCUUUGCUGCUAGACUUGCAACUAAUUUUUUAAAAGUAUAUUCCAUUAUUUUGCAUUUUUGAUGUGAGUCAGAAUUUUGACAGCUUUUAUGUAGAAUAAAAACUAUUUUUAAAUUUGUGUAUUGUUACAUAUGUUUGCAUCAAGCUAGCAGCUAAGAGGUUAAUUGUGCAACUAUAAAAAAAGAGAAAAAAAAGUUUGUCUAAAAAUGUAUUUAAAAAGAAAAAAAAUUGUAAGUAGCAUUUACAUUUAUUCAAUAAUAUUACCAUAUGCUGGGUUUCUGUACCAGAAAUGGCCAGUUGAUGUACAAAUGUAUGUUAUUUUUGCUUAAAUUCCUUUAAAAUUUUUUAAAAUAAAGGGGCAGCAUCUUCUAAAUACUUUAAGUUUUAUCAGCUUUUUUUUGUGACAAGAUGCUGCAUUCUAAAACUUUUAUAGUUUUAGACUAUGUAUGAUGUGCUGUUGUAAUCUCCAUCCACUGUAGGAUAGAGUUAAAGGCAUUCUUUGCAGGUGUAUUUCGUAUGCCACUGUUUUUUGUAACAUGAAAAAACAUUGGCAUACUUAGUUAUUUUUUGGACAAGCUAUACUUCAAGCUUGUUUUUAAUGUUAAUUUGAUAGUGUGUUUUUUUUUUUAAACAAAUCAUGAAGCUGAAAAAUUUUUAGGAUUGUUGGUGCUUAGUAGACUUGAUAACUAUUUUAAAAAUGCGUGAAUUUGGUAAAAUCCUUUUUUUCUCACUAUGCAUGUGUAAAUGUUUGUAAUCUGGCUUUCCCUCCCUCUCCAGUGGUAUAAAGAAUUGUGCCGCUUUAAGGUUUUUUUUCCCUCCAGUAAAGAUUUUGGUACCUUAUUUGAUGUUUCCAUAAAAAUGUGACAUUACACAUGACAAUUCAAAUAUUUUGCUAACUGUUUGGUUUGAGGAACAUCAUUAAAGAAGCAAUCGAAUGUUUGUCAAA